CUCUGCAGAAUCAGUAAAAAUAACACACUACACACUCCAACAAAGAAACAAAGAAUCAUUUCCUGUUUUGUUCAUAGCUUUUUGAUUUUCAUUUUGUAGCUGAUGCUCUGUUUUUUGUAUUAGAAGAAUGGGUGUCAAUUAGAGAGUAUCAGAACGGAAGAAGGGUAGAAGAAGAAGAAGAAGAGAAAAAGGAGCAUUCUUGAAUAAUCAUGGCUGUGGUUGAGAAUGCUGCUAUUAACGUUGUUGUCUCAUCGAAUCCCAGAAGAAAUGUACAGAAAGAUGUUGUUGUUGAUCAUCAGUCAGUGAAAACGAAACAGAACAACGAUCAGAAUUUUGAAAUUAUGUCUGUUAAGCAGCAGCAGCAGGAAGAACCCCAGAAAGAUAAUGGAAUUCAGCAGAAAGAGCAAAGCGUCAAUGGUAAUGGAGUAUUGGGUAAUCAUAGUAUUCAGCAUGAGCAUCAGAAAAUGAACGGUGUUGAUUUAAGGAAUGGAGGGGUGGUUGAUGGUGGUGAUGAAGGGUUUAAGAGGGAGAUGAGGGAUUUGGAAGAGAUGCUUUCCAAAUUGAAUCCCAUGGCAGAAGAGUUUGUGCCUCCUUCAAUGGCUAACAACAACAUGCUAGUGCCAUUUACACCUGGCGCAGUGCAUUUUGGCUUUGAUGCUAACAAUUUUCUAAUGCAGACUGAGGCCAAUGGAAAUUCCAACAGAAGGAAGAAAAAUGGCUACAGUUAUGGAAGGAGAAGGAUGAAUACUCGAACAGGCAUGGCCCAAAGGGAAGAUGUUAUAAGGAGGACGGUUUAUGUAUCUGACCUUGAUCAUCAGGUGACUGAAGAGCAGCUCGCAUCACUUUUUCUUGAUUGUGGACAGGUUGUCGACUGUCGUAUAUGUGGUGACACCAAUUCUGUACUUCGAUUCGCCUUUAUUGAGUUUACAGAUGAAGAAGGUGCAAAGAGUGCUCUGAGUCUUGCAGGAACUAUCCUUGGGUGUUAUCCUGUGAGAGUGCUUCCUUCUAAAACUGCGAUUGCACCGGUUAAUCCAACCUUUCUUCCAAGGUCUGAAGAUGAAAGAGAGAUGUGUGCUAGAACUGUAUACUGUACAAAUAUUGAUAAGAAGGUUACUCAAGCAGAUGUCAAGCUGUUCUUUGAGUCCUUCUGUGGAGAGGUUCAUCGCUUGAGGUUGCUUGGUGACUAUCAACAUUCGACUCGUAUAGCUUUUGUUGAGUUUGUCAUGGCAGAGAGCGCAAUUAUGGCACUCAACUGCAGUGGUGCAAUCCUGGGAUCACUUCCCAUAAGGGUAAGCCCAUCAAAGACUCCUGUGCGUCCGCGUUUUCCUCGUUAAGCAGUGCUCUGAUCAAUCACUUUGGCAUUGCUUUUCAGUUGGUCUUUUGCUUAUAAGCAUAUCUAAAUAUAUACUACAUAUAGUAUUAGAGUACUUUUGUGGCAUUUGUCUUUUAGUUUUUGGUACUUAAUCACAGCUGGGAAUUUCUAAUCAUUAAGCUUAUAGAGUUGGACUGGUUUAUGAGGGGGUAAGUAGAUUUAUUAAUUUAAGUUUGGUAUAUUAUGUUUCUAUAGACAAUGCCUUGGUACCAAUACUAGAUGGAUGUUUUUAAUUUACAGUUAUAUUUAUCAGUAAC